AUGGCUCAAACCACACUAUGUCGACUUUGUGUGGAAGUUUGUAAUCAAUAUAAAACUCUGUGCGAUGAAAAUGGUGAAAGCAAUGCAAUUUAUGAGACCACAGUCAAAUAUUUCGAUCCAAUUCUCUUAAACUUGGACGAAGAAAAACAACCAGUAAUUUGUAUCGGUUGCUGGCGGCACAUAGACGAUUUCCAUAGUUUCCAGAUGUCUGUAAUAUUGGCCCAAUCUAAAUUGACUGAAUACACUAGCCAACAACACAUAGAACUGGAAACGGUAGUGAAGACAGAAGAUGAAAACAUUGAAGUACCUAUAUUAGAGUUAAAGGAAAAUAUCGAGACGAAUAUUUAUAGCACAGAAAGCAAUGUAGAUAAUGAAUGUGAUGAAAAAGAUUUUAUAGGUUUUCCAGAAGUUGAUGAUGCACGUGACAUAUACUUUAGUUCUGAUGAUGAAAAGCCUCUGUUGGAAUGCAUAAAAACACGAUCAAGGGGUAAGAAAAAGACGGAACCUAAGGAGAAAACUAAUGUACUAAAAAUUCCAAAGAAACGUGGAAGAAAACCAAAAGCAAAGAAUCUCGAAGUCACAAAUGACAAAGGUUUAGAUGCUGGCAGCUUGGAUGUUUCAUUAAAGGAAGAAGAUAAAGCAAACGACACAAAUGAUGAAGGUGAUGCAACAAACUUGAACAAUACGUCGUCCUCCAACAAAAGGACAUCCAAAGAAAUAGAUGAAUUUAUAGCAAAAUGGAAGCAGGAUCUAGAUUGUUAUCUGUGCAAUGCAACGGCGCCCAAUAUGGGGGCACUUCGAGUUCAUUUCCGCAAACAACAUCCCAAACAAAGAUGCUAUGUCCUGUGUUGUCAGCUGUAG